AUGGGUCGUGUUAUCCGUGCUCAAAGGAAAGGUGCUGGUGGUAUUUUCAAAUCCCACACCAAGCACCGCAAGGGCGCUGCCAAGCACCGUUCCCAAGACUUCGCUGAGAGGCAUGGUUACAUCCGUGGUCUCGUGAAGGAGAUCAUCCACGACCCUGGACGUGGUGCCCCUCUCGCCAAGGUUGUCUUCCGUGACCCUUACCGCUUCAAGCAGCGUGAGGAGAUCUUCGUCGCCACCGAAGGCAUGUUCACUGGCCAGUUCAUCUACUGCGGAAAGAAGGCUGCCUUGACCGUUGGAAACGUUCUCCCUCUUGGCUCCAUGCCCGAGGGUACCAUCGUUUGCAACAUGGAGGAGAAGGUCGGUGACCGUGGUGCCAUUGCUCGUUGCGCCGGUAACUACGCCACCGUCAUCGGUCACAACGCUGACGACGGCAAGACCCGUGUCAAGCUCCCUUCUGGCGCCAAAAAGGUUCUCGACUCUGGCUGCCGUGCCGCCGUCGGUAUCGUCGCCGCCGGUGGUAUCGUCGACAAGCCCUUGCUCAAGGCUGGUCGUGCCUUCCACAAGUACAAGGUCAAGAGAAACAGCUGGCCCCGUACUCGUGGUGUGGCUAUGAACCCGGUUGAUCACCCCCACGGAGGUGGUAACCACCAGCACAUUGGUCACGCUUCCACUGUCAAGCGCAGCGCUCCCCCAGGUCAAAAAGUUGGUCUCAUUGCUGCCCGUCGUACUGGUCUUAUCCGCGGUACCAAGAAGCUUGGAGACAAGGCUUAA